UCUCUGUCUGGUUCUGUCUCAGUGGGUUGGACAGUUCCUCUUGUUUCCAGGUGGUCUCAUUGUUGAAGACUCUCGCUCGGGGCGGUCGCACUGUCAUCUGCACCAUCCACCAGCCCAGUGCCAAGCUGUUUGAGCUCUUUGAUAAGCUCUAUGUGUUGAGUCAGGGACAAUGUAUCUACAGUGGAACGGUGUCCAGUCUGGUUCCCUACCUGAGAGACCUGGGCCUGAACUGCCCCACCUACCACAACCCUGCUGACUUCAUGAUGGAAGUGGCAUCUGGGGAGUACGGAGACUGGACAGCCAGACUCGUGACAGCUGUCAGGAAGUGCGAAAGGGAUCACUACAUGGAGCUGAAUGGGGACGUGAACCUCCACCCGUUCCUCUGGCAGUGUGCAGAGGAGGUCCCGUCCCCUUCAGAGGGUUGCCACAGUUUCUCGGCCAGCUGCAUGACUCAGUUCUCCAUCCUGUUCAGACGAACCUUCCUCAGCAUCCUCCGGGACUCUGUUCUGACCCACCUGAGGAUCACAUCUCAUAUUGGAAUUGGUGUUCUGAUUGGUUUGCUGUACCUGGGCAUCGGAAAUGAAGCCAAGAAGGUCCUCAGCAACUCAGGAUUCCUCUUCUUCUCCAUGCUCUUCCUCAUGUUUGCUGCUCUCAUGCCCACUGUCCUCACCUUUCCUUUGGAGAUGGGUGUUUUCCUGCGAGAACAUUUAAACUACUGGUACAGUCUGAAGUCCUACUACUUGGCCAAAACUAUGGCUGAUGUCCCCUUCCAGAUUGUAUUCCCGGUGGUUUACUGCAGUAUUGUGUACUGGAUGACUGCCCAGCCUCCAGAUGCUGGCCGUUUCAGCUUGUUCUUAACUCUGGGAGUUCUGACUUCACUGGUUGCUCAAUCUUUGGGGUUGCUGAUUGGAGCUGCCUCCACCUCACUUCAGGUUAACUUGUUUUAUAAAACUACUGUCCAGUCAUUUCAAAGUAUCUGGUUCCCUGCCUGCCGCUAUGUUUAUCAAAAUGUUGGCCGCAACCUCUCUUCUCAGCUAUUCCCAUUAGGGGUCAUCAGA